AUGUUUAAAUUUUCUAUACUUUUAUUUUUGUUUAUUCUUUUGUCCCAAUGUAAUCAUUUAAAAAAAUUGAAAUUGUUGGGGAGUACGCGAAAUAGUGUUGCUGUUAAAAUUGAUGACAAUGUCUUUACUUUUAAUUUUUACGACGAUUUCCAUGUUUCAGGAAAUAUAACAAUUUAUGAGGAUGAUAAAUAUGAAGUAAAAAAUAGUGCUGGAAGAGUUGUAUAUGUUGAUAGAGAAGAUUAUUCACCGAAAAUGAUAUUAAAAAAUGAAAAAAAUAAAACAAUUUAUAGUGAAACUGUCUCGAAUUUAAUGGAGCUUAGAACUGCGAUUGUUUACAUCUUUGUUGCUUUUAUAAUAAUUCUUCUAGGAAUUAUAUGCUUUUUUUCUUAUCAAUUUUCGAUUACAAGUAAACUUUUCAAAAAAUUAAAUAAAAGUCAUUCAACAGCUGAAAAUGUUUACGACCAAAAUUCUUCUAUCCCUUACAAUUCUGUUAAUAGUUCUUCUUUUGUUAGUGAUAUUAUUAAAGACAACUACAUUUCAGAUAUCAAAACGAUAAAAGCAAUAAGUUUUGGUAAAGAAAAGGAAAGGAGUAUUAAGUUUUUAAUUAUGUCAAAAACGGGAGAACUUAUGAUAAAGACAAAUAAAAUUAAAAAUUUUAAAUGCACAGAAUUAACACCUAAAACUUUAUCCUCAAUUGGUAAUUUAUUAGGAUUUAUGGCUUUAAUUGAAAUAAAAAGCAAUAAUUCAUUUCUUAAAGAUUCAGAAAUAAAAGAUUUAAUUAAGAAAUAA